UGUGAAUGUGCAGUACAUAUUUAAGUGGGGGUUGUGCACCAGCAUCAGGUGGAUCAGGCCAGGAAGUACGCAGGGUGCCUCUAGGUGUCCUUCCCUGUGAUUGCUACAGCCACUCUCUCUGAUCUAAAGACCUUUAUUACAAGCCAACAUGCCAACUGACGCCCAAGAAGACGCCCGCUCUUUCCUGAGCGAGGAGAUGAUUAGAGAAUUCAAGGCUGCCUUUGACAUGUUUGACACCGACGGUGGUGGUGACAUCAGCACCAAGGAGUUGGGCACUGUCAUGAGGAUGCUGGGUCAGAACCCCACCAGAGAGGAGUUGGAUGCCAUCAUUGAGGAGGUCGAUGAAGACGGCAGCGGCACCAUUGACUUUGAGGAGUUCUUGGUCAUGAUGGUGCAGCAGUUGAAGGAGGACCAAGCUGGCAAGAGCGAGGAGGAGUUGUCAGAGUUCUUCCGUGUUUUUGACAAGAACGCAGACGGCUUCAUCGACAGAGAGGAGUUUGGUGAGAUCCUGCACACUGCUGGGGAGCCCAUUACAGAGGAGGAGAUUGAUGAACUCAUGGCUGAUGGUGACAAAAACAAUGAUGGCAAGAUCGACUUUGAUGAAUGGCUGAAAAUGAUGGAGAACGUUCAGUAGAAAAAAAGAGAACAUUCCUGAACAAACCCCUCAGCUUGGCAAGGAGUUUUUCUUUGAACUGACAACAGCUCCUAUGUAAAGGGCUACUGUACCCCGGAACUGGUAAAACAAAAAAAACAGAAGAGACCUGAGGUCUAAGAAUCUGUAAGAAAAAGGCUUGAUCAGCCCUCCGUAGUUAAGGCCAUACCUCAUGCUGGCAUUCUGGAACUUUCUGAGAGCGGGUAUUAAUAUCCUGGCCAACUUCUGCAAGGAACGCAAGUCCCCCUCCCUCUCUUAGCCUCCAUUUGUUUUCUUCCCACCUGCUACUGUGUCUAAUAUGCUGCCGCAUUUACAUUGUGGUUAUAAAAUAAACCCGUUUCCAUCUUUGAGUCACAAA